AUGGACGACGAACUCUUGCUGCAGCUGAAUGAGACGGAAGAGUUCAUCGAGGAUGACAUCGACUGCACGGCUGGUGGUGACCACGCUGCUUCAACCGACAUCGACAGUGAGGACAUUUGGGAGAUUAUUUCAUCAUUCUUCCGCGAGAAGGGUCUGGUGCAUCAGCAGAUAGAUUCGUACAAUGACUUUCUCCUCCGCAUCCCCCGCAUGGCGCGCAGCCUCCUCGAGAUUGUGCCGCGGCAGGACGAGCAGUUCGAGCCGGGAACGCAGUCCGACGGCGAGCCGGACCAGUACCGUCUCAGCCUCGAGGACGUGGUGGUCGGCAACCCGUCGCACGAGGUGUCUGGCUUCAGCCGGCAGGAGCUGCACCCGCUAUUCCCCAACGANUGUCGGCUGCGCGACUUGACGUAUGACGCCAACGCGCAGGUGACUCUUGGGAUCCGUGUGUACCGCUCGCGUGAGGAGCAACCGUACCGUACAUUCCUACAAAAUAUGGAGCUCGGACGCAUCCCAAUCAUGCUGAAAUCAAUGCGGUGUAACCUACAGAACAAGGACGAGGACGAGCUGCCGCGACUGAAUGAGUGUCCGCACGAUCAGGGUGGUUACUUCAUCAUCAACGGGACGGAGAAGGUUCUCAUCGCUCAGGAGAGGCAGGCAGCCAAUCACGUGUAUGCCUUCUCACGCCAAAAGGGACUCCUCUGCGAGAUCAAGUCUAUUGUCGAGGGUUCACUAAACAAGCCGCGUACACUUCAGAUUUUGAUGCCGUACAAGAAAAAGGGCCCUGGGAACGGCUAUGAGAACUUGCUAUGUCGUGUAGCACAGAUGGAUGAGUUGAUUCCGCUCUUCGUACUCUUCCGUGCUCUCGACAUGGGAUCAGACAAGGAGAUCCUCCAGACCGUGGUUCCGGACCUGAAGGAUGCCGCCAUGCUUGAGAUGCUGCGAGGGUCCAUGGAGGAUGCGAGCACACUUCAAAUCUUCACACGCGACGAAGCACUAUGGUUCAUUGGUAAACGCCUGGGCAAACAAGACAGUCGUGAAAAUUUGCAGCGCGAGGCGCAGGAUUUGCUGAUGCGAGACCUUCUGCCGCACAUGGGGGUUGACUGUGCUGCUGACCGAAGCAAGUGUCUCUUUAUUGGCUAUAUGGUGCACCGCCUCCUCCUGCUAGCACUUGGGCGCAGGGAGGACACGGACCGUGACUUUCUCGGCCACAAGCGUAUUGAUGUCGCUGGGGCGCUCCUCACAUUCCAACUGAAUCAAUUCCUAGUGCAGGUGCGGAAGGAGAUGACCAAGACGGUGCAUGACUACUCCACCAACCGAGGCGGUGUUGUCAGUUUUGGCAGGAUUCUGCACAGCCGUCUCAUCACAGAUGGUCUGCGCCGUUGCCUCGCGACAGGUAACUUUGGUGACCUAAAGUCUGGCAACAUUAAGACUGGUGUUGCCCAAACACUCAAUCGCCUGACCUACUCGUCCUCUUUGAGCAACCUGCGUCGCAUUCAGAACCCCAUCUCCGCCUCCAGCAAGGCCACGAGGCCACGCAACUUGCACUGCACCCAGUGGGGAUACAUUUGCCCUGUGGAAACACCUGAAGGCGGUUCUAUUGGUUUGCUGAAAAACCUCGCGCUCAUGUGCCUUGUCUCGCGCGGUAGCGACCACACCGGCGUCGUACAAGCUGUGCAGGCCCGCAUCACCGGAUUCCACUCGAUUGACCUCCCGGGCCUCGCUGAUGUGCGUGUUGCACGAGUGUUUGUGAACGGGACCCUGAUUGGUGUGCACCGCAACCCCGAGAGGCUACUCCGCGAGUUGCGUGCGCGGCGCCGGGGUGGUGAGCUGAGCAACGAGGUAAGCAUCGUGCGCGACAUCAGAGACCGUGAAAUCCGUGUCUUCUCUGACUCUGGCAGGUGUCUGCGCCCACUCUUUGUUGUGGAGAAGUCGCGCAUCAAGCUUCAGAAGACUGGAAUUGGAGAGCUGCUGGAGCCGUCCAAGGCACCAGGUGGGAAGCGGGAGAUCUCGUGGAACCGUGUGAUGAAGAAGGGCUACGUCGAGCUCAUUGACUGCGAGGAGGAGGACUCGCUUCUCAUUGCCAUGACGGCGAGUGAGGUGAGCAAGAAUUACUACUACUCGCAUUGCGAAAUGGAUCCGUCAAUGAUUCUGGGCAUUUGUGCCUCCAUCAUUCCUUACCCGAACCAUAAUCAAUCACCGCGUAACACGUACCAGUCGGCUAUGGGAAAACAGGCAAUGGGAAUCUACGCCUCUAACUUUAACAUGCGUAUGGACACAACCGCCCACGUACUCUUCUACCCGCAGAAGCCGCUUGUACGUACCAAGGCCAUGUCCUACAUGCGCAGCAACGAUCUCCCUGCCGGACACAAUGCGGUUGUGGCCAUUGCGUGUUACUCUGGGUACAAUCAAGAGGACUCUAUUAUCAUGAGCCGUUCUGCGGUAGAGCGUGGCUUCUUCCGCAGCGCAUUCUGGCGAUCAUACAAAGCCUCGGAGGAGCGCAAGAAGGAGGGGCGUGAGACGUUUGAGAAUCCCGAUCGGAACAUCUGCCGUGUGAAGCAUGCCGACUACACAAAGCUUGACACCGACGGCCUCAUAAAACCUGGCAUGCCUGUGAUGGGUGGUGACAUUCUUGUUGGAAAAACAGUUCCUAUUCCUGAGGCGGAUCUUGAGAAUUCUGCGGUGGCUAACACGCGACUUCUGAAGCGGGAUUGCAGUAUCGCGUCACGAACGGCGGAGAAGGGUGUGGUUGACAAGGUAAUGCUCACGGAGAACAAUGGAAAUCGCUUCACCAAGGUCAAGGUACGCACCAUCAAGAUACCAAAUAUUGGUGACAAAUUCUGCAGCCGUCACGGCCAAAAGGGAACAAACGGCAUCCAGUUCCGUCAAGAAGACAUGCCGUUCAACCGUGAUGGAAUUGUGCCGGAUUUGAUUAUCAAUCCACACGCUAUUCCAUCGCGCAUGACAGUGGCUCACUUGAUCGAGACUCUCGCUGGAAAGGUGGCGUGCUACAAAGGAAGCGAGGUGUACGCUACACCGUUCUGCUCUGUUGUCGUGGAGGAUUUCGGCAAGGCCCUCCACCAGCUCAAGUACCAGCGCUACGGCAAUGAGUGCUUGUAUAACGGUCACACGGGCCUGCCUCUGGACCAUCUCAUCUUCUUCGGCCCUACGUACUAUCAGCGGCUCAAGCACUUGUCAGGCGAUAAGAUUCACGCCCGACCUCGAGGACCAUUGCAGCCAUUGGUGCGUCAGCCAACCGAAGGACGUGCCCACGAAGGCGGCCUUCGUUUUGGUGAAAUGGAACGCGACUGCAUGCUCUCCUAUGGUGCCUCUCAAUGGCUACGCGAGCGCCUCUUCCGUGUGAGUGACUACUACUCUGUUCACGUGUGUAACAUUUGCGGAACGAUUUGCGCAGCGGACACUGAGCAGAACGUCUACAAGUGCCAGGGGUGCGAUAACAACGCUCGUAUUUCUCAGGUGCUCAUGCCGUACGCGUGCAAGCUGUUAUUCCAAGAACUCAUGUCCAUGGCAAUUCUUCCACGUCUUGGCACCGGGCCUCUCUAA